AUGCCCUCUUCGUUCCUUAAAAGCAGGGUCGACUGUCUCCGUGCGCUCAUUGCCUCACCGAAGUUCUCUGACUACGUCGACUCCAUCCAGCAGUACUACAGCCACCUUCCAUCGUCUGAAGAACAUACCCUGACCGCCCUCGAGUUGUCAGCAUUGAUACUCUCGGGCUACGCACACACUGGUCCCUCUUUUACCUUCAAUCACUGUGGCGCCUCUACGGACCUUGUGGCAGAGCUGACUCUGUUGCGACAACUGCAUCCCCCCAGUAAUGACAAUGUUGACAUGCUGGACCUGCUCAACUACAGUCCUAUGCAAUCACAGAGGCUACAGCAGACGCUGCACGAGUUUGGAGUGAAGAAGCUCCGAGCCUACCGAGCUGGUGGCUUUGGCCGCAGUGUUCCCCCUCACUUUGACCUGGCCAUUGCUUCCGACACGCUUACCCAUCUCUGCAUGCACAUUGUCUCGAUUGAGCCGGCCAUCUACGAGCACAUCAUCACAGGCUAUGGUUCGCUGUUGAGCCUCGACAUCACUGUGACCCAAGAGUCUGGACGCACGUUCCAGGGUGAGAGCCUGCUUCCCAUGAGCAUGGUGCACCAUGCCACACUCAAGUCGCUUCGGCUCCACUGCGUCCACUAUGUGGAGCACAACCUCGAACGCUUCCUCAACAACAACGCCCUUGUCGAACAUCUUGACAUUGCCUUUGCACAGCCGCUCGAUCACCAGCAGUGCCCAGUCGACAAUAGUACACUACGCACGUUGAAGAUACACAAUCUGAGUCUGUACUGCUAUCGCUGGCAUUCCAUCCUCUGCGAGCUGUCCAUCACCGACACAGAGGCAUUCAGGUCCGAUCCGUCUUGUCAUGACACAUUACUCAGCUCAGUGAAUCCCCACCGCGAAGCCUACGUCAUCCAUUGUGCAAUCACAGACGACCUGGCAUCGAUUACCAGAAGCGUGCUCGACUCGGUCUGUGAGAUGCACAGACACCUCGUCGCGUUUGAGUUCAAACAAGUGACUCGCGGCGAGGGCUAUCCCGCCGGCGCCGAAGACGGAGGAAGGAAAGGCUACACCUGGGAUAGCUUCAGCUCACGAGAGACCACUAUCGCUGGCACCACUGGCAGAGCUCCUCGCCCGCAACCUGGAUCAGCUAACUAG